AUGACUCCCCGAGAAUCUCUCGGUGCCGGCGUGGAGAGAAGCUGCGGGACCUGGCCCUUGGCUGAGCACCACGGGCCGUUGCACGUCGUGGGCGGCAGCGAUGCCUCCCCGGGAGCCUGGCCCUGGAUCGUCAGCGUCCAGCUUCCCGGGGCAGUGGGCAGCGGGCACAUCUGCGGAGGCUCCCUCAUCCAUCCCCGGAACGUCCCGACGUGGCGCAUGGUGAUCGGGGCCACCCGGCUGUCUGAGCUGGGCCCCGAGGCCCAAGUGCGCAAGAGCAAGCGGCUGCUGAUCCACGAGAGCUACCGCAGCGGCGCCUUCGAGAACGACAUCGCCCUGCUGGAGCUGGACGAGCCCGUGCAGUGCAGCGACUACGUGCAGCUGGCCUGUGUGACUCACUUCUCCGACGUGGUGGUGUCGCAGCUCACAGACUGCCGCGUCGCUGGCUGGGGCUACACCGCGGAAGGCUCUGCAGAAGCAUCCAACGUGCUGCAGGGGGCCAAGGUCCACCUCAUCAAUGUCAAGCUCUGCAACAGCAGCGAGUGGUACGGAGGGGCCGUGCACAGCUACAACCUGUGUGCUGGCUACCCGCGGGGUGGCAUCGACACCUGCCAGUUCAUUGGCCUCUGCACCCGUGCUGCAGAAGUGCAGCAAUACCUGUGCACUGGAACCUUUGAAGUGGAGAGUUACUGA